GUCAUAUUCAUCAUGGAGAAGUCCAGUGUUCCCCCUAUGCAAGCCCCGAUGUACCAGCAGCCAGUUGCAACCCCGGGCAUGAUGAUGCAGCCUGGUGGCAUGCGUAAUUCUCGGAACAAGCCGUCCGAUAAGGGGGGCAAGCGCGAUUGGAACCACGGGCUGUGUGAUUGUUUCGGCGAGUGCGGUACCUGUUGCCAGUCGUUCUGGUGCCCGUGCAUCACCUAUGGGAGGAACAAGAGUCGCCUCAACGCUCUCCAGGAGGGGCAUGUCCACCCCACGGGCGGCGACGGCUGCGGCUCGGACUGCAUGGUCUAUUGCCUCGUUAGCGUCUUCACGGGCUUGAGCUGCAUCAUGGAGAUCAUGAACCGUGGCAGUAUCCGCCAGCGGUAUUUUAUCUCUGGCAAUGGGUGCACCGACUGCAUGGGCGCGUGGUGCUGCCACGCUUGUGUGAUGACCCAGGAGUCGAGGGAAUUGGAGGAUGAAGAGAGGGCCCUCCAGGGAGGCCUUUAAAUCUCUUUCACGAUCAAGUUCCUUUGUGUUUGUCUCUUGAAAUGUUCCUUCUUUAUCUCUCCUCCUCUUCGGUCACUGUCACGAACUCUGUUUUGUCCACGCUUGCAUUAUGGGCCUCACCAGAAUUAUGAACAAACAAUCCUACUGGAUAUGUCUUUG